AUGAUGUGGCCUCGGUUCAAACAAUGGCUAUCGAACUGGCCCUCUCGAUUAGUCUUCCGCUACCUCAGCACCCUAUUUCUCAUAUGUUUCGCGAUCACCAAUUACGUACUAUGGACGAGCAGCCAAGGUUGGGAUGUUACCGAACCGAAAGGCCCUGUCACUCUGGGUCCAAAGCACCCAAUUCAGAAGCUCAUGGCUGACGCCCGCGCUCGUCAUGAGAGCGUCCUUUCAAAACGAAGCUACGAUUUAUAUGAUGCCGCUGAGCGGUAUCGCUCUCGCCGAGGGCGUCACCCCCCACCGGGUUUCGAUAAGUGGGUAGAAGCUGCUCUUGAAUCCAAGAGCAUUAUUGUGGAGGACUAUUUCGAUCGCAUAUACAAGGAUCUGGCUCCUUACUGGGCGCUUGAUUCUCACACACUUGCUCGGCGUGCAUCGGCUUGGCAUUGGGUUGUCAAAGUUCGCAACGGCGAGGCUACUGGCGUUGGUGACACAACAAAUCGUGUGCCAUGGCUGGAAUUAUGGACCGAUCUUGUCAAAGAGUUCGCCAAGGAUUUGCCCGACGUUGACAUGCCCAUCAACUAUAUGGACGAGCCCCGACUUCUGGUCCCUUUCGAAGACCUAUCGAAACUCGUUGAACGAGAGCGCGACCACCGCCGCAUAGCUCCUUUGAGAGAAGUUUUUAACAAGUUCAAAAGUCUUUCCAAACUCGACGACGAAAAACCUCAGCCGUACGACCCUUACUGGUACAAUAGCUCAGCUAACUACUGGGAGCUUGCGCGUGUGACGUGUGACCCUAACGCUCCGUCGCGCAAUGUCCAACAAGUCUCAGACUUUAAAGCUCCUGUCGAGUACCCAUCAAACUGGAACCCCGAAUAUGCGUACAGAGGGUAUAUCAAGAAUUGGACUGCCUCUCAAGAUCCUUGCCUACAGCCACAUCUACGCCAGAUGCAUGGAAGCUUUGUCGCACCUCUGAGCCUGUCUACCUCAACCGAAUUGAUUCCUUUAUUCGGCGGAUCCAAGCUUCCAAUGAAUAACGAAAUUCUGAUUCCUGGUGCCAUGUACCUCACCAAGGAUGAGUUCUACUCCGGAGGAGAGAAGAUGGGUCCAGCAUGGCAUGCCAAGAAAACAGGCAUUGUUUGGAGGGGUGAUGCCUCCGGCGGCGAGCCAAGACCUGAUGUUUGGCACCGCUUUCACCGUCAUCGUCUCAUGCAGAUGCUUAACGGUUCAUAUGUCGACAGUGUUGAACAUCAGGGAGUCAAGCCGAAAACUUUCCAAUUCCCAAACGCCAAUCACUAUAACAGCACUCGCCUGGCUACCAACACUAUUGGACAAUGGCUGAAGAAGAUCUCCGACUGUGGUUUCAAGCGGCUAUUAUGCGAAAAGGUUGGUUGCGAACAGUUCGCUCCUUACUACCGUGAACUCGACCAUAUGCCCAUGAAAGAGCAGUAUCGUUUCAAGUUCCUCCCGGAUACCGAUGGCAACUCCUUUAGCGCCCGCUUCCGAGGUUUCUUGCGCUCUUCGAGUAUGCCUCUCAAGGCAACGAUCUAUGCGGAAUGGCAUGAUGAUCGCCUUACUCCGUGGGUUCACUUCGUGCCCUUCGACAAUACCUUUCAGGAUCUAUAUCCCAUUCUCGAAUUCUUCACCGAUGAAGAAGCCGGCGGAGAUACCGCAGCCCGAUUCAUUGCAGAGAGGGGUCGAGACUGGGCUAGCCAAGUCUUGCGGCGUGAAGAUAUGCGUCUCUAUACCUGGCGCCUGUUACUCGAAUGGGCUCGGGUGUGCGAUGAAGAUCGCGAGAAGCUAGGCUUUAUAAGAGAUCUCGUGGAACCUAGGAAGGAUUCUAUACGGCGGUACUCAUACUGA